UUAAAAAUAACGACAAUUUUCGACAGUCGUUCUUCAUUAUAAACAUGCAUUUAAAUUAAAUAAAAUGGAAGACCCCCUUUAAUUUUACAUCUCUAACGCAUAGCGUUUACCAGCACUGAAAAAAUAAACGAAGAGCGAAGUGUAUUUUUCAGCUUUUGAUGUACAAUUCUGCGAUGGACAAGGACUCUGACAGCACUGUCACAUCCUUGGACGAGAACACAGAGAACUUCUGCCAAAAUCCCACUCGAGACAUCCUCGCCGAAGGAAUCACAAAUCUCUUCAAGCCGACCAUCGAGAAGCUGGACGAGCGGGUGGCCACAACAGUCCAAUUGCAGGCGGAGCUGAGGGGUCAGCUGGAAGCACUAUCUGCUCAACUGAGGGACAUCGAACGGGCACAGAGCCAGAUUCCUGAGUUUGCUGACAAGGUCAAGGAACUUCUGAAUGUGAAGCACAAAGUGACUGUGAUAAGUAACGUUCUGGGAACAAGUCAAGAGAGGCUCACGGGGCUGCAUAAACUAAUCGAAAAGGAGCAACGCAGGCGACAAGCUCUUUUGGAUUCUGCUAUCAGCACAAACAUAUCGUAG